UGGGCCGGAGGAAGGAAGUCGCAGCCCAUGUUAGGACAUGUUCCCUCUGGAGCGCUGCUGCAGUCAGCUGGACAGCGCGCAGUGCGGAGCGCACACGAGGAUUCCUCCCCGGCACAGAUCAGCGUAAAAAUCAUCAACAUAACCCAAUCAUUCUCACUCAUGGCUCAAGCUAAGAUCCAGGCGAAAAUGAGCGACGCGAUGAGCAGCAAGUUCAGCAGGACGAUGUCCAUGGCGGACCGCUCCGGACAACUCCUGGAAAGUUUGGAUCAGCUGGAAAUGAGGGUGGAGGCUUUACGCGAAACCGCGUCGGCCAUGGAGCUGGAGAGGGACUUCAUCCUGGAAAUGAUUCAGUCCAUACAGCACGGACAGGAGCUGCGGAACAUCUCUGCGGGGGAGAGAGAAGAGUUGAGUUUAACAGCAAACCGUCUCAUGGGCCGGACGCUGUCUGUGGAGGUCUCUGUUGGCGUUAUCAGAAACUCCCAGCAGGAAGAGGCGUUGCACAAGGCCACAUCUGUAAUCGAUGCGAUUGUGAAGAAGUUACUGGACGACAUGGCCGCUGGCCGGCAGCAGCUGCUGUCCGUGCACGCCGCCUGUGUGACCGAGGCCACGCUCAUCCCCAUUGACCAGAAGUUUCAGGCCUUGGUGAUCAACUGUGCUCUGGAGGACCAGAAGAAGAUCAAGCGCAGGCUGGAGACUUUGGUGAGGAACGUUGAAAAUGCCGAGAACAACAUCAAGAUUAUGGAUCACCAAAAACUGGAGGACCCCAAAACCAAUGGCAGUCAAUAAGAUGUGUCACAUUACAUGUGUCAUAAAGCCACUAACCUCAACGAGAACUGCUGUAAUCAUGUCCUCACGUUUAUAGGACCAGUCCCUUUGAGACAAUGAUGAAAUGAUACUGAACUAUCGGGCCUAACAUGCACAGCAGAUGCCCUCAUUCUCCAUAACUUCUGGUCAGAAUCACAUUUUAACACCUUCUAUCCUUUAAAUGGAUUGUUUAUCCAACGUGUGUUCACAAAGGCACUGAAGUAAGACAGAAAAGACACAGUGGCAGAGUGCUCCAUUGGAAGUGAUGUCACUUUGAAGUUCAUUUUUCCUUCUGUUUCAUUCUCACGUUUUAAAUCGGGCACUUGCUAAGGGUUUUGAUGUGCACUGCAUACACCACCUCGUUGUGUGAAGGCAACACUCGGCACAUUAAGCCGGGGAUUGGAGUUCAUAUUUGCAAAAAGCAGUUUUGAUGUUCGAUUUUGUGGCAAAGCUUUGAUAAAUAAAUAAAAACAGUCGAUGACGCAGAUUAUUCAGUUCAGUCUAUAGAUUAAUUACAUAUAUCUUUAUCAUAUUUGCCAUAACACUCAUUUGCUAUAUGAAGUUGCAUUUUUUGUAUUAUUAAACGAUUUUAUUGGCAA